GUGAGCGACGGUCCCGCGGAUUUGUGGCGGAUGCGGGCUGUGGGCGGUGUUUACGGUUCACUUUUCCGACCUCAGUCCCCGCGCCGCCGCCGCCCGCGUAUCGGUCUCUGAGCAAGCUCGGCCCGGCCGGGAGUGACAGCGAGGCCCUGGCGCAGCCGCCACCACCACCGCCGCCGCCGUCGCGGGCGCAGAUGUCGCCAGGGCCGGUGCAGGUGGGCGCUGUCUCCAACCGCCGUCCGGGCAGCGGCCGCAGCGCCCCCAUGUCAUCGCCGCCCGGGCGCCGGGCCCGCCUGUGGUCCUCCGGGACCAGCCGCUCGGCACCUGAGGCCCGCGAGGAGCUACGGCGCCGCCUCCUGGGCCUCAUCGAGGGCAACCGAGUGAUGAUCUUUAGCAAGAGCUACUGCCCGCACAGCACGCGGGUUAAAGAACUCUUUUCUUCUUUGGGAGUUGAAUGUAAUAUCUUGGAACUUGAUCAAGUUGAUGAUGGGGCCAGUGUUCAAGAAGUGCUGUCAGAGAUCACUAAUCAGAGAACUGUACCCAAUAUUUUUGUGAAUAAAGUACACAUGGGUGGAUGUGACCGGACUUUCCAGGCACAUCAGAGUGGUUUAUUACAGAAGCUCCUUCAGGAAGAUUCAGCAUAUGAUUAUGACCUCAUUGUCAUUGGUGGUGGUUCUGGUGGCCUUGCCUGUGCUCAGGAAGCUGCCAUUUUGGGAAAGAAAGUUAUGGUACUUGACUUUGUCGUCCCAUCACCUCAGGGCACAUCCUGGGGUCUUGGUGGUACUUGUGUAAAUGUAGGCUGUGUUCCUAAGAAAUUGAUGCAUCAAGCUGCCCUUUUGGGGCAGGCAUUAAGUGACUCAAGAAAAUUUGGCUGGGAGUAUAAUCAACAAGUGAAGCACAACUGGGAGACCAUGACAGAAGCGAUUCAAAACCACAUCGGCUCUCUAAAUUGGAGCUACAGGCUGUCUUUGAGGGAGAAGGCUGUGGCCUAUGUAAAUUCCUAUGGAGAAUUCGUUGAACAUCAUAAAAUAAAGGCAACCAAUAGAAAAGGACAGGAAACUUGUUAUACUGCUGCAAAAUUUGUCAUAGCAACAGGUGAAAGGCCGCGGUAUUUAGGAAUCCAAGGAGAUAAAGAAUACUGUAUUACUAGUGAUGACCUUUUUUCUCUGCCUUAUUGCCCUGGCAAAACAUUAGUAGUUGGUGCAUCUUAUGUGGCUCUGGAAUGUGCAGGAUUUCUUGCUGGCCUUGGCUUAGAUGUCACAGUUAUGGUGCGUUCAGUUCUUCUUCGUGGCUUUGAUCAAGAAAUGGCAGAGAGAGUCGGUUCCUACAUGGAACAACAUGGUGUUAAGUUCUUAAGAAAAUUUAUACCUGUGAUGGUUCAACAGUUGGAGAAAGGUUCACCUGGAAAGCUGAAAGUAGUGGCUAAAUCCACUGAAGGACCAGAAACUGUUGAAGGAAUGUAUAACACAGUUUUGUUAGCAAUUGGUCGUGACUCCAGUACAAGGAAAAUAGGCUUGGAGAAGAUUGGUGUCAAAAUCAAUGAGAAGAAUGGCAAGAUACCAGUAAACGAUAUGGAACAGACCAACGUGCCCUAUGUUUACGCUAUAGGAGAUAUUCUGGAAGGUAAACUUGAGCUCACUCCCGUUGCUAUACAGGCAGGCAAGCUGUUGGCUCGAAGACUCUUUGGGGGUCGUUUAGAAAAGUGUGAUUAUAUUAAUGUUCCAACUACAGUGUUUACUCCUCUGGAAUAUGGCUGUUGUGGAUUAUCUGAAGAGAAAGCUAUUGAUGAAUAUAAAAAAGAGAAUCUGGAAGUAUAUCAUACUUUAUUCUGGCCUCUUGAGUGGACAGUAGCCGGCAGAGACAACAAUACUUGCUAUGCAAAGAUAAUUUGCAAUAAACUUGACAAUAAUCUGGUAAUAGGAUUUCAUAUUCUUGGACCGAAUGCCGGUGAGAUUACCCAAGGAUUUGCAGCUGCAAUGAAAUGUGGGCUCACGAAGCAGCUACUUGAUGACACAAUUGGAAUUCAUCCCACAUGUGGUGAGAUACUUACCACGUUGGAAAUCACAAAAUCAUCAGGACUAGACAUCUCCCAGAAAGGCUGCUGAGGCUAGAGCUGCUGCUGUCUAAUCUCCCUUGUCUAUUUCCAUUUCUUUGAAAGAGAAGAACGCUCAGAAAAAGUGAGAUUGUGCUCGGGGCCAUUGCUCUGUUUCUCAGGGCCCAGUGCAGGGCUUUCUUCAUAGCACCCAGAUGAGAAUGUAGACAAGGAGACUGGCAGCAGUGGGCAUCUGCUCAGCAGCCUCAGCUGACUGGGAGAGGCAGUUACACUGCUUCCUUGACGUCUUAGUUCGGAACCCUGUGUGAGGUGAGCUAAGACCGACACUCUUCCAAGUCAGAACUGAGUUUCCCUGAAAGACCUUUUAAACGUGCAACUACCUUAAGUUAUCUUUCUGGUUGCUAGUGUUUUUAUUCCCUUGUUUUGUUGUUUCUAUGAAAAUAUUUUCUCAGUUAUGAAACUCUAAAAUGGCAGUCUUCCAGUGUGUGGGCAUGGGAUUCACGUGGUCACUGGUGAGUGGUAUCCGUGGAGUAGCUGGCUGCCGAGGACUGGGGUGCAUUCAACUUUCACAGUUGAAAGUUGCACACACUGAAAGAGUUUAGUUAGCUAUUUUCUCCUUUGAGUACACUUUUACCCACAGUCAGAAGCCUGCGUCAUGCUUCACACUCUCCUGGUUUCCUGAUGGUAACCGCCUUGGAAUUAUUCUACCCUUAGUGUCUCUAAACUGAGCAGAAUAUCUCAUAUCAGAGAGAGAUGCUUGAAUUUCUUUUUCAUGUUGAGUUUCAGAAUAAUAAAAAGUUUUCAAUAUUGUA